AUGGCUAAGACCAAUCAAUCGACGAUGACAAAACUAAUCGCAUCCAUGUUGUUUUUGGUGUGUAUAAUAUUGCUUGGCGGUGGUUGUGAGGCUCAGUUGAGCUCCUCCUUCUACUCAACCACGUGCCCUAACAUAUCCAGCGUAGUAAGAGGAGUCCUCGAGCCCGCCUUACGUAGUGACAUUCGAAUCAACGCGAGAAUCAUUCGCAUGCACUUUCACGACUGCAUGGUCAACGGUUGUGAUGGCUCGUUGUUGUUGGACAAUGGUAAUGGAAUACAAAGCGAGAAAGAUGCAGUCCCAAAUCAAUCAAUCACUGGCUUCAAUGUAAUCGAUGAUAUUAAAACUGCCUUGGAAAGUGUGUGCCCUAAUGUCGUCUCGUGUGCAGAUAUUCUCGCUAUAGCUUCUCAGAUCGGAGUUGUUUUGGCUGGUGGACCAACAUGGGCAGUUGAGUUAGGAAGAAGAGAUAGUCGUACUGCAAACCAAGCCGGAACAAGUGCGAUUCCAAGCCCUUUUGACUUGCUCGAUGAUUUGGAGGAUAAGUUCGAUGAUGUUGGACUUGAUUCCAUUGACCUAGUCGCCUUAUCUGGGGCGCACUCUUUUGGUCGAGCUAGGUGUGCCACAUUCGUUGGCAGGCUCUACAACUUCAACAAUACUGGUAACCCUGAUCCAACCAUAGACACAACAUACCUUGCGACACUUCGUCAGACAUGCCCACAAGGUGGAAACGCAAAUGUGGUCGAGAAUCUCGACCAAGACACACCAAACACCUUUGACAAUCGAUAUUUCACAAACCUCCAAACGAACAAGGGGCUCCUCACAAGUGACCAAGUUCUUUUCUCCACCCCCGAUGAAGACACUGUGGACAUCGUCAAUCAAUUUGGCGGUAGCCAGGCUGCAUUCUUUGAUGCUUUUGGCAAGUCUAUGAUCAAGAUGGGAGCUAUAAGCCCUUUAACUGGAACCAACGGGGAGAUUAGGACUAAUUGCAGAGUCCCUAAUUAA